AUGGUGGUCCCAGAAGGAAGAAAAAGGAAUGAUGGUCCAGGCGAUGGUGUGGACCUCAUACUGAUGAUGGAGAUCAUGUCGGGAAGGAACCCAACUGCCACCUGCCACCUGCCACCUGCUAACAUGGUUGUGUGGUGGCCCAUGAAUAUACUUCCCUAUGCCCUAGUUUAUCUGAUGCCUGAUGGGACAUCCUCCAAUGCCCCAUCUUUUGCCUCAUCCAUUUCCAUUCAAAUUAUAUGA